CCACACAGCACAGCACAGCACAGGCAGCAGCUCAGAGCAGAGCCCACACCCUCUCCAGCCCGAGCCGUGGGCUGUCGCGCAGUGAGACUCCCACACCAUGGGAUCCUGGCUCCUGCCGCUCGCUCUGCUCAGCCUGAGCGGGGGCUGUCUGGCCAAGGAAGUUUGUUCAGGAUCUGAAAACAAAUUAACUUUGCUCUCGAAUACGGAAUACCAUUACAAUACACUUCUCAGAACGUACAAUGCUUGCGAAACAGUGAUGGGCAAUUUGGAGAUAACUUUCCUUGAGCCGCACCAUGAUGUGUCCUUCCUUAAGAGUAUUCGGGAAGUUUCAGGUUACGUGCUCAUAGCACUCAACAAAAUUGCCAGGAUUCCACUGGAGAAUCUUAGGAUGAUCCGAGGUCACCAGCUUUAUGAGGAUAAAUUUGCUCUCGUAAUUUUGUCAAACUAUGACAAACAAGGUGCUCUCAGAGAACUACCGCUAAGAAAUCUUACAGAAAUUUUAUCGGGCGUUGUACAUAUCUCUUCUAACCCACAGCUUUGUUACUUGGAAACCAUCCAGUGGAGUGACAUUCUGAGCAAAGCUUGGGUAUUCAACACAUCAGCAGGAAACUGUACGAAGUGUGACUCAAUGUGCCCAAAUGGAUCUUGCUGGGGAACAGGUCUGGAGAACUGUCAGAAAUUCACCAAGGACAUCUGUGCUCAACAAUGUUCAGGGCGAUGCAGAGGACCAAGCCCCAGUGACUGUUGUCAUAGUCAAUGUGCUGCAGGCUGCACUGGACCCAGAGAUUACGAUUGUCUGGGAUGCCGGAAAUUCAGUGACGGAGACACCUGUAAAGAUGCAUGUCCAGCUCUGGAGAUCUACGACCAAAUCACGUUUCAAAUGAAAAGAAAUCCAAAUGGAAAAUACAGCUUUGGAGCAAGUUGUGUGGCAAAAUGUCCUCGUAACUAUGUGGUGACAGAUCAUGGUUCCUGUGUUCGGAGCUGUAGCACUGGUACUUAUGAAGUGGAUGACAAUGGGAUCAGAAAAUGUAAAAAGUGUGAAGGACCCUGUCCAAAAGAUUGCAGUGGAAUAGGAGUCGGAAAUCUCAAGGCGGCAAUGACAGUGAAUUCUUCAAAUAUUGACUCUUUUAAAAAUUGCACCAAGAUUAAUGGCAAUAUAGUCAUUUUAGCAGUGGCCUUUCUGGGGGAUCCCUUCACAAAAACCGCUCCGCUUGAUCCAAGGAAACUGGAGAUUUUCAGGACAGUCAAAGAAGUAACCGGGCAUGUAUCAAUUCAAAUGUGGCCGGAAAAUUACACCGAUCUCAACAUUUUUGAGAAUCUUGAAAUUAUACGGGGCAGGACACAAUACCACAGUACUGUGUCAUUUGCUGUGGCAAACUUGAGCAUUACAUCUCUAGGGUUACGUUCCCUUAAAGAGAUUAGUGAUGGACAAGUAAUAAUCUUCAAGAACAAGAACCUCUGCUACGUUGAAACUGUAAACUGGGACAACAUUUUCAAAUCUUCUAGACAAUCAAAGAAAGUAACGCAGAAUAAGCCACAGAGUAUAUGUAUUGCUGAAAAUAAAGUUUGCCACGAGCAGUGCUCCAAUAAUGGCUGCUGGGGUCCUGGGCCCUCCCAGUGCUUUUCCUGUCGUAAUUUUGUCCAUGAAAAGGAGUGCGUUGAGAAGUGCAAUGUUUCUGAAGGGGAUACCAGGCAAUUUCUGGAUAAAUCAAGAUGUAUUCAGUGCGAUCCAGAAUGUAAACUACAGAAUGGGUCUGAAACCUGCACUGGUCCUGGCAACGAACGCUGUAAAGUAUGUGCAAAUUUUAAAGAUGGUCCACGUUGUGUAAAGAGUUGUCCUACAGGAAUCUUAGGAGAAAACAACACUGUUGUCUGGAAGUACGCAGAUGAAAAUAAGAACUGUCAAACCUGUCAUUUAAAUUGCAGCCAAGGGUGUACUGGACCAGACCUUGAGGGCUGCAAUAACUAUUCUAGUUCACGCAUUCCAUCCAUUGCUGCUGGAAUAGUUGGCGGUCUUCUUGCUGUAGUCAUGGUGGCUCUAGUGAUUUCGGUGUGCAUGCGUAGACGACACAUCCGAAAGAAGCGCACAUUACGGCGUCUACUACAAGAACGGGAGCUGGUGGAGCCUCUAACCCCAAGUGGAGCUGCUCCAAAUCAGGCCCUACUGAGGAUUCUUAAAGAGACCGAGUUUAAGAAGGUUAAAGUGCUUGGUUCUGGAGCUUUUGGCACUGUGUACAAGGGCCUGUGGAAUCCAGAGGGAGAAAAUGUCAAAAUUCCUGUUGCCAUCAAAGUGUUGAGAGAAGCAACGUCUCCCAAAGCCAACAAAGAAAUUCUUGAUGAAGCGUAUGUGAUGGCAAGUGUUGAUCAUCCCCAUGUUUGCCGUUUGCUGGGAAUUUGCCUCACAUCAACUGUGCAGUUGGUCACCCAGCUCAUGCCUUAUGGCUGUCUAUUGGACUAUAUCCGGGAAAACAAAGACCAUAUUGGUUCCCAAUAUCUCCUCAACUGGUGUGUGCAGAUCGCAAAGGGAAUGGGCUAUCUGGAGGAACGCAGAUUGGUUCAUCGGGACCUGGCAGCCCGCAAUGUUCUAGUGAAGACACCACAGCACGUAAAGAUUACAGACUUUGGACUUGCCAGGCUGCUGGAUGUGGAUGAAAAGGAAUAUCAUGAAGAUGGUGGGAAAUUGCCCAUUAAAUGGAUGGCUUUGGAAUCAAUCCUUCAUAGAACAUUCACCCACCAAAGCGAUAUAUGGAGCUAUGGAGUGACCAUUUGGGAAUUGAUGACCUUUGGAUCAAAGCCCUAUGAUGGAAUUCCAGCCUGUGAAAUCCCAUCGAUCUUGGAAAAGGGGGAAAGGCUGCCACAACCUCCGAUCUGUACAAUUGAUGUUUACAUGAUCAUGGUUAAAUGCUGGAUGAUUGAUGCAGAAAGCCGGCCUAGAUUCCGAGAGCUGACCUCAGAAUUCUGCCGAAUGGCCCGAGAUCCACCUCGCUAUCUGGUAAUUCAGGGUGAUGACUGCAUGCAUCUACCAAGUCCUACUGACUCAAGGUUCUACCGCACACUGAUGUCCGAAGAAGACAUGGAAGACAUAGUGGAUGCAGAUGAGUACCUUGUUCCUCAACCAGGGUUCUUUAAUAGUCCUUCCACAUCAAGGACACCAAUAUGCACCUCAGUGAGUAUGACGAGCAACAAUUCAUCAACAUUGAUCAACAGAAAUGGCCAUCAAACCAUUCCUAAGCAGGAAGACAGCGAACCUCUCCGCUACAGCACUGAUCCAACACUUGUCCUCGAUGAAGAGGAAUUAAAUAGUUGCUUCCAAUGUGCUCCAGACUACGUCAACCAACUUGAGAGGAGCACACCUCCAAAUCAUUUAAGGCCCUUCUCAGAUAUGGAAAAUCCAGCCUACCAGGACCUUUUCAGCCCUGUCCAGAAGAAUGGCAAGGGCCCGUUCACUGAAUCUCAGUAUUUAAACUCACUCCCAAAUGCUGUGGAGAACCCAGAGUACGUGAACGACAGCCAGCCCACCAGCAAAAUGGGCUUUAACCAUCCAAAUCACUUGGACCAAAAAAUUACUCGCAACGUAAGCCUGGACAAUCCUGAAUACCAGCAGAACCUUUUUCCUAAACACAGUAAGAUGAAUGGUCACAUUGAUAAUGCUGCAGCAGAGAAUAUGGAGUACUUUGGUCUUGUAGUGCCACCUGGAGGUCAGAAACACUCCACAGUAUGAACGUGGGCCAACAAUGUUAUACUGUUCUAUAGUUUCCACAUGACCUGGUGACUAACUGCUGGUGAAUUUCAGGUGCAGCUAUGCUGUAGUAUUGGUUACAAGUACUCCCAGUAGGGGAAGGGGAUUAAAGUUGAAUGUGAAUAUUUCCUCUUAACUAAAUGUCAUUAAGAUAUUACUGGUGAUGGAACUUUACUUUGACACUUUAAUUAGGUUUUAAAUAACCUAGAAAUGAAAUAAGUUUUAGUUGUUCUUCUGUAGCAUUCCAGUUUUGUUUUGUUUUUAAAAUGUCGCUAAAUUCAGAAUAGAGACAUGUAAAUAUUUCCCCCAUCAUUUUCGGGAACAAUGAGUUUUAGCACAGUGGUAUACAGUUUCUGGAAUUUUGCUUGUCAUUUCAUCCACUCAUGUCUCCUUACAUGAGUGGAGAUCAAAUGUGAAACAACUGAUCAAUUAAAUGGCUUCAUGCAGAAUGCUUAAAUAAUGUUGAUAUAUGGAAUAUCAGCAAAUUUGCUGCCCAUCAAUUGCCAAGCAGAAAACUGUAGGCUGUAUAGUUACUCGUAGUUGUAGUGGAGGUAACUUCACUCUGCACAUUCUGAAUGAGUUUUAACACAAUGGUUAACAGUAAAUUCCCUAGGAUUUUUCAUAGUAACUACAUUUUAUAGCAUGCAAGAAGCCAUUUGAUUUCUCCUUUUUUUAAAAAAAAUUCAAAUGUUUUGUAAAUCAAAAGAAAAUAUUAGAUGCAAUAUGCAUGGUAUUAAAUUCAAUAUCCAGGUAAACUGGACUCCAGAAUCCCUUUGCACUGCCUAUCCAUUAUGUGAAAUGAUUGUUGAGAUGUCCAAGCUAAUUGAAUAUCGUAUUUUGCAGUAAUGUUGGGUUUUUAAUAUAUAGCUGGUUUACCUUCAACAAAGCAAACUGGCAUACAAAAAGUGCUGGACUAUUUCUAUCGCAUCAGAGGGUGUGCAAAUCAGCAUUUCAGCCAGCAUUUCCAGAUAGCAAUACAAACACAAGCAGUGGUGAACAUUUAUUUGGCCACUAGUAAAUUCAGCAAGUUGGAGGGCUCAUGCCCACUUUGUGCAGGUCUGCAAAGCAACCUUUUAAUUGCAAGCCAAUGGGGGAAGGUACUGCUGCCACCUAUUAAAUCACAAGUGGUGAGUUUAUACACUGCAUAUCGUAUAUGCAGUUGCUUUGCCUGCUAUUGAAACUGUCCUGCUUUAUAAAUGGGGAGAUUUCUACAGCGCUGGAUCAGGAGCUAAUAGUCCAGAAUCACUUCAGGAAGCCAUUCUGCAAUGUAAGUGCACAUUAAAUUGUUACACAUGUACAUGAGAGAGAAAAUAUUUAACUUUUUAGCUUGCCCAACUAUUCUCUGACUGUUGUGAAGUCAGAUAGUGUAUAAUCAUUGGUAUACUGCAGGGUCAGUUAUAAUUUUCUUGUUUUGUUAAUGGAUUUGCCCUAUUACAUUUUUUUUUCUUUGAACCUUAGGAUAAGCUCUAGUUCAGUGUCUCCAUUUGCUUUGCUCAGUCCAACCAGAUUGCAAGUUUCUUCCCAUUAGCGGUCAGGCCUUCAGGUUUCCUGCCUCUGGAACUCUUUCCCAGGUUCCCCCCGCCUCAUCUUGCCUCCUUCGUAAAGCUACCUCCUCUUUAAUCAUGCUUUCGACCACCCUCCCACUCACCGACCCUCCACCCCCUUUUGAUUCCAACCCCCAGCUAGGGUGCAAACCCUUAAUUGUCCAGGGCCCUGGGACAUUCUUCCAAAGUGAAAGGCACAAUAUAAAUGUAAUUUGUUUUUUAUAACCAGGAUUUUAAGACAAUGCUUGAUGGUUUAAUACAAAGAUAAGCUGGGUAUUUUGGAAGAAUGAGAUCAAAUGUACCUACUUUUUCAUCUGAACUUCUUUUGCAAUCCAGUGUAAUAUUGCUGUAACCCCCUCCUCCAGCACCUGCCUCAGAUUCCAGCAUUUCCUGUUCUCCUUUUCCCACCACCUCUCCCACCUGCUAGACACACACACACACAAACACAUACACAAACACAAAAUUAAUUUAAUGCAAAACUUUUUUGUCAUAUGCACUUUCCUGGUAACACACUUUAAUGUUCUGCCUUUCCCAAGCCCGAAGCAAUGUGCUGAAGCAAGACUAUGCAGCACAGCACUUGGUUCUGAUCAGUUGUAUUGGUCGUUAAGUGUUAGCAUUCUUGCUGCCACCUGAUUAAUUUUUAACUCAGAAACAACAGCCUCCAGUCUGAGAAAUUCCCAGGUAUAGUUUCAGAUCUCAAUGGAGCAGGAGUACGUGUAUUCCUUAUACUUUUCAACCACUCUCUGAGGUGGAUACUUGAAGGGAUGGAGAAAACUGUAGAGUUGUCGUAGGAAAAUUCCUAGGACAUUCAUACAUACCUGCAUCUCUACCAGUCACGUCUGGGCUACUUUAUUCUGCAGAAAACAUUACCCCCCUUCCCCCCAAGCCUUCAGUGAACAGUCAGUAAUUACACCCUAAUCCUUUUCCUUUUUCAUUUCUGCUAAUUGUCUCCCUCCCCCCUUAUUCUGAGUUCAAUUCCAGGCAGGGCGAAACCU